CUACCACAAAGACGAUAGCACAUCCAUUCUGCAUUUGUUACUUUCUACAUAUUUCUCUUUCUGCCCAAUCAAUUUCAAACUCAUGGCUGAAACACUCGUUAAUCUACUCCUGGAUCGUUUGGCUUCGGUCACCACUGACAAGAUCGGAAGAGAGCUGAAGCUGGUGAUGGGUGUUGAUGAUGAAGUCGCAAAUCUGUCCCGCAAUUUGAAACUUAUCAGAGCUGUGCUUCAGGAUGCAGAGGAGAAACAUGUCAUCGAGGCCAGCAUGGGAGAAGUGACAGGGGCCAGCGUGGGACACUGGCUGAAUGAACUGAACCAAGUUUCUCAUGAGAUGGACGACGUGUUGGAUGAGUGGAGCACAGAAAUUCUUAAGCAGCAAUUACUGGCGGAUGAACAAGAAGGUGUGAACCCAACGGACGCCUUGGAGAUUCCAGAGGGUUCAAACAAAGGAGGAAUUAUUGAAACUGCUCCUCGUACUAAGGAGAAGGUAUGUCUCCCCUUUCCUUCUUGCUUUUCUUGCUGCCGAGUGACCCGAGUCAAACAAGUAGUUCAUCGUCCAGUCAAUAUACUCCAUCAAGUAGUUCAUCAUCCAGUCAAUACAAUCAAUCGGCUAGUUCAUCGUCACGACAUUGCGGUCAAAAUACGAAGUCUAAACGAAAAGUUAACUCAGAUUGCUAAUGAAAGACAACUUUAUAACUUUCAAGAUACAAAAGAAGCACCUAAACCACCUCCACGACAACAAACUUCUUCUCUUGUCAUUGACAAAUCCUUUGGUCGAGAAACCGAAAAGGACCUUUUAGUACUCAAGUUGCUAGAUGAGAGUAGUAGUCAUAAGAGGAGGGGUCCUCUUAUCAUCCCUAUAAUAGGGUUGGGAGGGAUAGGGAAAACAACUCUCUGUCAACUAGUCUAUAAUGAUGACAAGGUCAAGGCCCAUUUUGAGAAGAGGAUAUGGGUCUGUGUCUCAGACCCUUUUGAAGUGAUUACGAUUGCUAAAGCCAUCAUAGAAAGUCUUGGUAAUGUGAGCAAUACUCCAAACUCAAAUCAGUUAGACCCUUUAAUGGUACGCAUAGAAGAAUUAAUCAAGGGAAAAAAAUUUCUCCUCGUCCUAGAUGAUGUGUGGAACCCAAAUUCUAGUCAAUGGAAUGAAUUAAUCAAACCCUUGCUUAAGGGUGCCACUGGCAGUAGAAUAUUGGUAACCACACGAAAAGAGGAGGUUGCUCAAGUAAUGGGAGCGACCAAUCAAAUGACUCACUUGAAGGCAUUAAGUGAAGAGUGCACUCGGUUGCUGUUCAAUCACAUUACCUUCCUUGAUAGGGAAGAUGAGUUUGAAAAGUUUGAAAUGUUUGUUCAAGAGUUUGUAGAGAAGUGUAAAGGUUUACCUCUUGUUGCGAAGACUUUAGGUAGUCUCAUGCGCCAUAAGAAAACAAAAAAAGAAUGGCAAGAUGUAUUAAAAAGUCCCAUAUGGGAAUUAAAAAGAUUUCCCGAGGAGGUUUUUCAACCAUUAUUGUUAAGUUAUUAUGAUUUGCCUCCAACCAUAAGGCGUUGUCUUUUGUAUUGCGUUACUUUUCCGAAAGAUUAUGUGAUUGAUAAAGAUGUUUUGAUUGAGUUGUGGAUGUCACAAAACUAUUUGUACAAGAAGCAAAAGAAAGAAGAAGAGGUUGGUCAAACAUAUUUUGAGGAUUUAGCAACGAGGUCUUUCUUCCAAGAUUUUGUGAGAGAUGAUGAUGGGAAUGUUACAAAAUGCAAAAUGCACGAUAUUAUGCAUGACCUUUUGCAGUACUUGACCGUGGAAGAGUGUUUUAGUAUGGAGGUGAAGGGUGCUGAUGAGAUGAUGGAGCUUCCCAACGGUAACAGUUUUCGUCACUUAACCCUGAUGUUUGCAUCUCAGGGUUUAUCUAGCAUCCUUUCUUCUCGAAAUUGUGGAAAUUUGCGUACCUUCACUACUUUUGCUUCAACAAUUUCUAGUAUUGAGCCAGAGUUUAUAACUUCAGUGAAACGUGUUAGGUCUUUAAAUUUGAGUAGUACUGCCCUCAGAGUAGUUCCAAAAGAGGUUGGUGAGUUGCUACAUUUGAGAUAUCUUGAUCUAUCAAAUAAUUCCUUUAGGGAAUUACCGGACAAAAUAGGUGAUUUGUACAAUCUACAAACCUUGCGGCUUGUUGAGUGCCGUAAUCUGGUAAAAGGGUUUGGUAUGAGGAAGUUAAUCAAUUUGAAGCAUCUUUACGUUAAGGGUUCUCCGGGUGUAAAGUUAAAAGGUAUUAGUAGAUUGAAAUGGCUGCAAACACUAGAUGAGUUUCACGUGAGCGAAGAGACCAGAAAAGAAGGAUUGCAGUUGGAGGAUCUGGAAAACUUGGAACAGCUUCAAGGGGCUCUUUCCGUGCAACACGUGGCAUCGUCAUUGCAAACUGUGAGUGGGGCCGUGAGAGCACGUUUGAAUAAGAAACGCCUCCUUCACUUGGAACUUAAUUUCGACUGUUACGCAGCACCGACGCUCGAAACCGAAGGAGCGAUACUGAAUGCUUUAAAACCACAUCCAGAUUUGGAAUCAUUAAGCAUCCUUCACUGUUAUGGGGCUACCUCGACUCCCACUUGGCUCAUGUCUUUACCAAACUUGAAGAGGCUUACUCUUUUCAUCAAGAAAUUUGAGGUUUUACCUGCUUUGGGGACACUGUCGUUCCUUGAAUCGCUGGAUAUAAAGAUGAAUGAUAGACUGCAAAAGGUGGGGGUUGUGUUUCUGGGGAUAAAUCGAAUAUCAUCGUCAUCGUCAUCGGAGGUUAGUUCAUUCCCAAAGUUAAAACACCUCACAUUCAGUUUCAUCUAUAAAUGGGAAGAGUGGGAAGGAGUGGAUUCUCAGAAUAUCAGGAUAAUGCCAUGCCUUUCAUCCUUAGAAGUGAGGAAAUGUGAAAAACUAAAAGCUUUGCCGGAGUUCCUAUGGAAGACACCACUGAAGAGUUUGACCAUUGUGGAUAGUCCAAUUCUGCAUUCUGUGUACUAUGGAGGCAACCAUCGUCAGUGGACCACUUAUGGUGCGGAACCAGCCCCGAUUAAUGAGGGGUUUAACAAGAUAUCUCACAUCCCAAACAUCAAAAUUGGUUAUGAAUAACUUGACUAUUGAGUGAGGAGCUAGCUAGCUUCUGCCAAUCUCAUCCACUCCACUAUUCUGGCAUCUAUGGAUUUACUAAAGAGGCAAACUCAAGUGCCGACGCAAUGGCAAGCCACGCCGCACUCCAAUUUGUAGUAGUCUUCCAUUCAGCAAAAUUCUUGUAUUGAAACUGAAAAGACGUCCACCUCCUCUGUAGAAGUUGUGUGGGUGGAAAACCCUUCUGGACAGCUCUCAUUACAAUAUCAUAUACUAACAUCCAUGGCUAUAUAAUGUGGGAUGCAUACCUGUUAUCUUAAGCAUGAGAGUCUCUCUCUUUCCCAAUCAUUUAAGACUUGUUCCAUCAAGGAGUGCGAAGAAUGAAAAUGGAAUGUCAGUUUCAUGAGCGACGAAUUUUGCUGAUUGGUAUUGAUAUCAUGUAUCCUCAGCCAUUGAACUCAACCCCCUAGCAACUAUACCAUCUACAUUGUUGGAUUUAUUUCAUCAAAACAAAGGUUGAAAGCACACCUCUUUGCGGGAUUGGGGAGGUCAAACCCUGACUCCCUAAGACCAAAUGCCCUCAGCCUCAGGAUACCAAAUCACAACAUGGUACAAGUACAGCUCAAAUUGAAGCCUAAAGCAUUUCAAAUGGCAUUGGAAUUUUCAAGCUGCUGAGAUGCUACUCUGGUAGGCUACAUACUCUGUAAUAACUGGUCUAUCAUUCAGUCCCUGUGAAAUCUUCUGUCAACGUUAAAAGUUACUGCAGGAUCAAUGAUCUAAUGCUUCUUCUGAUGCUGGACACCAGCUCCCUAUCCAGUGGAGAUGUCUUUACUCUGUUGACUCUAUUUCUUCAAGAUUUGGAACGGCUUGCAAGCAAACUCUUAUGUGGAGGGAAUAGGGAGGUCAGGUCUUUUUAGUUCUGAUGAUUGGAGUCCACUGACAAGAUGAUCCCCAACUCUCAGGUGAAGUCAUCAUAAGAUCAUUCAAUUAUAGUCCGGCUAGAGAAAUUGAAGCAUCUGCAAAACAACAUUUUAUGUCAGAGGAUUAUCUGACAAUGAGAACGCACCAUCAAGAAAACUCUGCAACCAUUGAUGGAUUGACGACGUUCUUACCAAAGGUAGGCACUUUCUCUUCCCACAUCUCAAGUAGAUUCUCAUCAUUUGACCUUUGUAACCUUUUGGAGGGGCUUGAUUAUUCGAUUGCUUGGUAGUUCGCCAAUUAUAACUUUGGCACGGACAUUAUUAUCUUAAUGACUUCAUCUUUUCGAGGUAUAAAGAGAAGUUAAGUGUGGAUUUGACCCUGAAUUCCAUUCCAUGGAACACUGGGGAUGACUGUAAAUGGCUUGUAUAACAUCGAACAGGUAACUUUUGACAUAUGUAAACUGUCUGGACUUAAAUCAAAUGUAUUUCAGGAAGCUAUGGGAGUUUGUGACCAUGAGCAUGCGCCGUCACUCGAGGAAGUUCAACACCAGCUUGUUUCUUUGGUUAUACUUUUACCUAGGAAGGAAAGUAUUAAAGGCGACUAAUUGGUGGUGAAAUUGAUACUUACAUCAUUCAUCAUCUGGAUUGUGAUGAUAUUGUUUGUGGCUGAUACCCAAGACUGUUCUGUUAUGCCAUCUAGAAAUAAAUUCUCCGCGUCAGCACUUUCCACUGAACCAAUUGAGUGAGUGUGCAAUGGUCUUCACAGACAUUUGAAAGCUGUUCUUUCUGUGGUUCAUCUUGCUAUCCCUAGCGGAUCCUCUUCCGCUCUUCUAUCCCCAAAGUUCACUUGGUGAUGAGGUGCUGGAAACCUAUACACCAAUUGCACAAUACAGGAGUAGAAGUGAAACGAAAUUGGAAAGCAAAGCAACGUCUUCUUUUGAGAAUUCUACUUAUGCCAGUCUCACUCUAGUAUGGUGGUCAACCUCAAAUUGCAGAAAACCAAAGUUUCUCAGCUCCAGACUCCUUUAUGUGUAAACUGAUCUCUAUCUCGAGGGCUCAUAUUCUGUUCCUUAGAGAGGAAAUUCUGAACCCAGCCAUCACUAAAAUUGACAUAAAAUUGGACAGAGUUGUGGCUAUGUCUCGUCUCAUAGCAGAAGAUUUCUGCAUUGGUUCAGCCUGUGAACCAUUAAUUAUGUGCUUAGUUCUUCUAGAUGAUUUUGUGAUCUGGAUGAAAAGCAUCCUGAUUGAUUUGCUUGACCAACCACAGGUCCAGGUUGAUUAUUUAUGCCUGUACAUCUUCUGAAUGACUUAAUAAAGUUUUGAGGUAUUUCAUGAAAGAAAUGAAAAGAA